AACAGUAUUUUCAGUCAGGAAUGCUCGCGGUCAGUCCCUCAUGUGACCGUUGGGGUCCUGAUUCGUACGGUGCGGUGCAGUUCAUCAUGGCGGCGAACAGCAGCUACAACACGAGCGGUAAAAGCGGCGGAAAGCAGCCCGCGCCGUCCGCCGAGCAGGUGGUGGCUAAUUUCCAGCGGAUGCGACAGGAGCAGCGCAGCAUGGCCUCGAAGGCUGCAGAGCUGGAGAUGGAGAUCAAUGAACACAGCCUCGUCAUUGAGACGCUAAAGGAGGUCGAUCCGUCGCGGAAGUGCUUUCGUUUAGUUGGCGGUGUGCUGGUGGAGAGGACCGUCAAAGAAGUUAUGCCCGCGCUGGAAAACAAUAAAGAACAGAUUACGAAGAUCGUGGACUCCCUUAACUCUCAGAUGCAGGCGAAAGGGCGGGAGCUGACGGAGUACCGCGAGCGCUACAACAUCCGGUUAGUCGGAGAGGACGACAAACAGGGCAAAGCGGACGCCAGUCAAGCCAAAGACAGUGAAGGAGGAGGCUCUAAAGGAGGCGCCGGGGUGCUCGUCUCCUAGUGGACUACUCUUAGAUGGGUAGAAAUCGUUGGCGGUUUAAUAUUUGCGGAGAGACUGAGUUGGCAUGAUUCUAUUAAGUCUAACAGAUGCCAGUCACAAAACACGAAAGAGAAUGAAAGUCUCGGUUUUCAUGCACGUUUUUUUGUACAUUCAAAAUAUUAAAACACAAGUCACAACUUCACAAAAUGAACUUCAACUUCCAUCCUUUCCUUUUCAGUCCAGUUUGUUACAAAUAAAUAGUCAGUAAACAUGUUUCAUGUCUAAACGGACUGCAUAAAUUCAUAAUGUCAAAUAGUUUUUGAGGCUUGACUUUCACUUUCUUCUGCUUUG